ACUUGUACCUCGAACUAGCUUGUUGCAUGCAGGCUGCAAAACUCAAGAGCUGUAAACAAGUUUCGGGUGCCAUGGAUGUUUGGUGUCGUUUUGGGGGAUGGAGGAUAACCUUUGAGGUGGAGGCUGUCCUAGGAAUGACUUGUGGAGCGUUUUAUCGGAGUUAACGGUAAGUGAUUUUAGGUUCUUUGCGAACUGUUUGGUAGUUCAGUUGUCAUCCAUAUCACCCCAAUAUCAGCAUACACUUCCUGUUUUACUUUCUGCUUCCCGUCGAAUAAAAGUUUACACCACUUAAGGAGUUUCUUAAGUUCUCUCACUGUGCGUAUUAAAACAGUCAGUUCGUCUUCUAUGCUGGUUUUGUUUGCUUUGUUUCUUCUGUUUGUUGUCCAGCUAACCAUAGCGGCACUUGGUCACCAUGGAGACGCGGGAACGCGCAGAGGGACUCCUCAUUCAUUCACAUAGAGCAGUCAGGUUCUCCAAAUUUAAGUAGAUGGAGGAUAGAAUUUUACGCUUUCACUUGAAAAUUAAUAAUAAUAAUAAUAAUAAUAAUAAUAAUAAUAAUAAUAACUUUAUUUGUAUAGCACUUUUUUAAAAAAACAGACGUUUACAAAGUGCUUUGUGUAGAGCACAUGGAAGAAGACAAAUAAAAACAGAAAGCUCAGUAAAAACGGAAUUGAAGGCCUUUUUCUAGCCAUAAGGAACCCAGACAAUACAAGAACAUUGAAAUUGAACGAUGAGCAUUUAUUGAUUAAGUAAUGACAUUAACAUCCAUAAAAAGCCAUGUUGUAGGAAAUAUUUACAUUUUAGCGGACCUGUCGUAUGAACACCUGGGCCGUCUAAUAUAAUCUCUGCUACAAGUUCUACUUUUAGGAAGCUUCCGCAUUUUUGUGUUUUUGUUUUCAUGAUCAGACAGGUUAUUUUUGUCCUUAAUACAGUAAUUAUUAUUGAAGAGGACCGACCCACUAAUCCAAAGAACAAAUCUGUGUAAUCAUGUCAAUAAAUACUGAAACUUUAAAAGUUUUGUAAAAGUGGAAUUUAUGUUUGAGCUGAUGUAUUGGGUUGCAUUAGAUGCCCAGGUGUUCAAAAUGUUACAACUAGUUGGUUUACAUCCAAAGUGACAAUUCACUGCAGUUAUAGGAUGAGGGCCCAGUUUUGUUUACUCGUCAAAUGAGCCGUGUUAGAGCCCGAUAUACAACAAUGACCUAAAAUGUAAUUUAAAAAAAUGUAACAAAACCUAAAAUAUGAUAACUUUUUGCCUGAAAUGUAGCAGCAACUUGUUACAUUUGGGGUUUUAUUACUUUUUUCUAAUAACAUUUUGGGCUCAACACUUUUGUUACAUUAUUGACAAAUUAUUAGAUUUUAGGCUUUAUUGAUUUUUUCAUAACAUUUCAGGUCAUUGUUAUAAAUCAGGCUCCAACAAGCCCUUCAAUACAUUCAAUAACCAGUGUGUCAGGUAAAAUAAAAAUCUUGUUAUCUGUCGUUGAUGUAGCAGAGUGCAUUUUCUCAAGUACUACAUACAGUAUAUACAGCAAGUCAAAGAUAUUUGAUAUUUGCCUGUGUACUUUUUUUAUACUUUGUACUUGAAACCUGACGUAUUCCAGAGGACAAUAAUUGCUGUUCCUGGCCCAUUAUAGUUGAUCUUCCACACUAGAUCUCUUUGAGUAAGAUUUUUAAAGAGAACAUUUUACAGCCCUUUAAAAUCAAAUGCAGAUAUUUAGAUAAAUUACUUAAACAUCAAUGUACAAAUAAGCUGACAAAGUCAAAAUUCUACUCAUCUUCAUAAUGAAUCAAUGGUGUUGACCAGUGGUCUUUAGGCAUGAAUGUUUCCCCAAACAGGAAAAUGGAAUAUGACAAUGUAUUCCCACAAUUUUAGUAUGCAUUCUUUAAAAUAUUUUGGACAUUUAAAAUAGACUUAAGGUUUUUACAGUUUAAUUGAGAUGAGUAAUUAGCACACCCAUGGUAAUGAAAAUAUCUUUUUAUGACAGCUCUUGAAGCAGUUGUAAAAUUUCUUCACUACAGCAGGUACAUUUUUUGAUCAUUUUAUAAUUUAUACAUAAUAAAGUGCAAAAUUUUUACCUUUAUAAAAUUAUUUCUCAUUGUAGUUUUGCUGGGAGGCAAUUUGAACCUGAUCAUUUCUUUUGUGGUGUUAUCCAGUUGCCAGAGUGACUCACAAAAUUUUUUUAGUUUUUUAGUCCCUAACUGAAGGUAAUUAUUUGUCCCUGAGAAGUGAACAGUGAGGUUUUUUAAUCUUAAAUCUUGAAUCUUUAUGUUUUGAUAUCUCCUUUUAUUUCCUUUCAGUGAGGCACCCUGUAACUUCUUGUAUAAUCAAAUCAAAUCACUGACGUCACUUCCUGACUGUCUUGGCAAAUGUCACAUGGCCUCUAUGGAGAAAAAGCAUGAUUUUUGCUGCCCCUUCAAUCCACGGCGUAAUGCUUUGAGGAAGACAAGUGCAGAAAUUGUGAGUGAAGUAAGACAGUCUCUGCGAGUCCAGUCCACCCAGCGACCAUUUACUCCCAGAGACGGGCACAGGCAGCUGUUUGGACAGAGCUCUGCCCGUGCAAGUCGUGAUAACCGGCCUCCAUCAACCUUUAGGUUUGAUACAGACACAUUUUAAAUGACUCUCUGUUGUCAAACUCUGAGCUCAAAUGUGCAACUCCUGUAAUUUGAUGAAUUUGCGUUUCUUUUUUUCACUUUACAGUCUCCAUGCUCAAAAUUUUGAUGCUCCUGACUCCAGGCCAAGUUCAGGGACUCGGCUCUCCCCUCUGGACCAUGUAAGUUCCCUGACACACACCUGUUCUAGUGGCAAUAAUAGUAUUUAAAUCAUAAAGAUGUUUACAUUAAAAGUAACCAAAAUAACAGGAUCUUUUUGUGGACUUACUUAAUUUCUCACAUCCUCAUAUGCCAUAAAUAUGUUUUUUUGGUACCAGAAGCCGAAGUUGCCAGCCCCCUGCCUCUCUGAGGAUCCAUUAAAGGCCUUUCCCAAACCCCCCACUGACCCACUGGAAACAAAGAGGGGAUUGGCAGGGGCACGGGCACGACUUCUCCGAGCUGGAUCUCUCACUACAUUACCUCCUGUAGAGAGAAAAACAGAUGGUAUGGAUGGAGAAAAAAACAGAUGAGAGGCUGAACCAUUGAGAAAAAAAAGUGGUAGACAUACGAAAUAAAGAUCAUGGUCACUGAAUUAAUGAUACAGAGCAAAAUAAUUAUUAUUAGUUAAUCAUCUAUGUUGUGUAUAAAAAGCUGGAAAAAAUAAGAUGGUUCUUUUGUUAUCCAUGUCUGUAAUUAUUCUGUGAAGGCGCAUGUGCAGGAACAGUUUUCUCAAAAGUAAAUGAAUGCAACCGUUCACUUGUUGACUUACCUGAUUUACAUUCCCUGUGGUUGGGCCUAAGAGUCUAAUUUAAUGCUGCUGGUUCUCCAAAGUCUUUAAGUAAUCUUACAUCUGUAGGAAAUAUUUGAAUGCAGAGGGUGUUGAUUUUUGGAGUUGGUUGACUUUAAAAGAAGCAUUAGGCAAGUUGAUACAGAAAAAAAAACUGAUGUGGAAAACAGAAACUUGCAAAUAACUACUUGCCACAUCCCAUCUGUGUGUUUAGUGAAAGACACGCUGAAUCCAAGCCCCAGACAAAAGCAGCCUUCAGCUAAAAGACUUCCCAGUACAGACCACUCUGAGGUCUGCAGUGAUCCCCGCAAACCCGGCCCACGCAGAGCUGCAAGUGAAAGGUACGAUUCUGUCCCUCUGUUUGACUUGCAAGAUCUGUUCUUCUCCCCACCCCCACCCCCCACCCUCUCCUGCUUCCCCUUUUGGACCAGAGUGACAGUUCAACAAUGAGUUAAAGAUUUAUAGAUACACAGAGGUUGCAGUGGUAGCCAUUACUAGAUGGAGUUGAUUGUGCCUCCCGUUAUUGCCUUUCAUCAAAUCCUCCACUACCUCCCCUUUGCUUUCUUGGGUCAGUCCUCCUCAUAUUCAUUUGCUAAUGUUUUGUUGCAUUCUUAUUCUGGUUUAUAACUCAACCGAACACGUGAAAGACAAAUGUAUAACAGAAAACAACCAAGUAAAACUGCAAGUUUCAUUUUUUUUUUGUUUUGUUCUGACAUAUACAACCAAUUAGACUGAUGUUAACCAAAUGGAGAAACGAAAACACAGGCCAGAAGAUUGAUUUAUACUUUAUUUGAAAAGGAUUACAUCAGAAGAAUUAAAUCCCGGGUAACAUUUGUAAAAGUUGUUUGAAUAGUGUGUGAUCAUGAUUACUGAGACUACAAAAACACUUUCAAAUUAUUUAUGUAUAAAAAGCUGUAAUGACUAAUGUUAUAGUUAUUCUUUCUCUUUAAAAUAUGUCAACAAAGAAAAAGGCACCAAAGUCAGUUUCCAAUAGGUCCAACUAGGGCUGGGCGAUAAAAUGUAAACCAUAUACAGUAUAUCGUAAACCAAAUUACCCCAAUAUCAGUUUAAAACAUGGUCAAUAUGCUUUUCGAUAGUUAGCAUUCUGCCAUGUUUUGGUAGACUAUACGAAUAGCCAAUGAAAAGGGGAGUUGCUCCGGGUACAAUUUGCGCUUAACCAAUCACGUGCUAAAGUAAAACCAAGUAGCAAACAACUGCAUCGUCGCAGGCUGCAGCUACAUGCAACCAUAACACUUUAAUACGUGAAGCUGACAGCACUGUUAGUGAGAAAAAAAGAAAAUGAGUGCUACCCCCAGCAGAAAUGCAGAUGAAGGCUCAACAGAUGAUGACAUCGUUGACAACACUGGCAUGAAAACAUCAGUGGUGUGGAGAUAUUUUGGUUUUUUGAGCUGGUGCAUGAAGCAGAGUAAUGUGCACCGUUAAUUAUGUUGAGUACAUGUUCUCACAAAGUCAGUAAAGCAGCAGCUGAAGCAGCGCCACAUGGCAGAGCACGCGCAAUGCAAAAGUUUAGAAAUCUCAAGUGAAGCAAGGAGCUCAUGGCGCCUGUGCAGUGGAAACAGACAACCAUUCAGUCCACUUUCUCUAGCAUAACACCUUACAACAAAACGUCAAAGAGACACUAAGACCUCACAGAUAAAGUAGCUUAUUGAAUGGCAAAAGACAUGCUACCAAUAAGCACUGUUAAAUUUAACUUUUUAUGUUGUGAUAUAUAUCGAUAUUGACUGCAUGAAAAAAAUAUAUCGUGAUAAACUUUUUCCCAUAUCGCCCAGCUCUAGGUCUAACAAAGUCUUCAUCCUGACUCCUCCUGAUCUGUUUUCAGCCUUCUUAUUCUGGAUUGUACAGCAUUUCUUGGUUGUUGUUAAAUCUCGAUUCUUGGAAAACUUCAUUCCUGAUGAAAUGCCUCCAUUUAUCAUCACGAUCACUUGUCAGCUCUUACACCUUCACAGUGCAGAAAAGCUACAAGCUCUUCCCCUUUCGGCCGACCUCAUCAGCUAUAUGUCAGCACGAGGGGCAUAACUCUGGCCGUGAGGUCGGGGAGUGUCGUUACAAUCCAUCCGCCGAUCGAUCGGGUGGGGCCAUAGUGCAGGACAGACCAUAAAACACUUUAACAGGAAAUCUGGGCAACCGCCCGUAGCCCAACCUCCUCACCUCCUUCCUCACCAGCCAAGUUAACACACCAUGUUUGUUUAACUUGUUGCUGGAUAAGAUAAUAGACUUCCUCUCUUGGUUGCAAUGAAGUCCAACUUUUUAAACCUUUGUCCUUUGGAGUUGCGACGAACGCUCAAAGUGAGAACGACAGGGCUAGAUGAGCCAGAGGUACACUAAAUGCAAGUGGAAAAAGACAGCACGACAGAUUAGUGUGAUGAGCUGGAUGAGAUAUAAAGAUAGGGGAGAUUAGACAUCCACUAGGUUCUUUUUCUCCAAUAAGCCAAAGCUUUAUAGCUCCAAAUGGCUCUCUAUUAGAUUUGGGUGCCCAUCUGGGCAAGGCUGGCAGCAGCGUGUGUUGUGACUGCAGUGCACUGGCCGGGCCUAAGACAGGGAUGAGGUCAUGUCUCCGAGAAUGCAGUAUCACACAAAGAAGCCUUAUUAUCAGUCUUUUAAUCCGAUCAUACAUAGGCCAAACCCUCUCUCUCUGACAUUCGCUGCAACAGGCCACACUCCCUGCAGCAUAUGAUGCGUGUACCAGCUGAUGCCAAACGCUUAAUCUCGUCAAUCACCCUGGAAACACACGAGUACCCAUCUACUGUAUGUUGAUGCUAACAUACUUGUCAGCCUCUUGAUUUAAUAUUUUUAAGAAACACAAAAGAAGAAUGAUUUUUGUCCUUUUUGUGUCAUUCCUAGAAGAACAACCAUAAGACAGAGUCACUUGGUGAUAAAAGCUAAUUAAAAUACUCCACCCUCAGAACCAUUUCUUCUCAUUUUACAACCAAAGCUUCAGGCAGACCUGUUAACAUGAUAACCUUUGACUUUGACAUGUGUGUUUACGCCAUGCUCAGUAUUAUUGAGGGUUUACUCACUCUUUUGAGUGAGGUUUGCAAAGAAAAUCUGGCUGUUAAAAAGGUGAUUAUGAUGAAUCAGCCUGUGUUUAAUAUUUAUCUCUAUGUAUUUAUAAUUAUUUUGUCAGCCUCUUGUGUAGUAAUAAGUCAUAACAGGCUUUCAGAGAAUUUAUUGCAGCAGUGAGUCACUGGAAUAGUGCAGACUCGACAGUGACAGGCUGGGGGAAAGAUGCAACGGUGACAUGCAGAGGGCAAGCCAGAACACAUAGCUUAGCACGACACUGGGCGUGUAUUUAGACACUCUUUACUGAUAUUGCGGAUACAGCUCACAGUGACAAAGCAUGAACAGCUUUAACCAGACUGCCCACAAAGCUCAGAUGCAGGUUCCUGUCUGUUAGAGAGUGCUGUAUGUGAUGCAAACACACUCGCACAGACACACAGACUCACAAGCCUUUAAAAAUGUACACUCACACCCACACAUAUAUCUGAAAGAGCUGAAAUGAUUCUCAACAGACAGACACACUUUUCAGAUAAGAGCACCUGCCCACAAGUCCCUACCUCUGCUGCAACAGGGACACUUAGUGGUAUGUAACGGCAUUGCAUUUGUAGACAUGUUGGCAAAAUACAAAGUCAGCAACUUGAACAAGAGAUGUUCUCUUUGACACAAUUUACAAUUUAAAUUUUUCUUGAUUUUCAUUCCUUUGACUUUUUUUUCCAAAAUGAGUAAAAAGUCAGUCGAUAAAUCAGUCAUUGCAGGUCACCAAAGCAUGAUGUAACCAGUCUCUCUUUGUGUUUUUUUGUCUCUUUGUUCCAGCAGCAGGGUAAAACAGCCUGGUGAUGACUCAGGAGUUAGACCCACAGAGCACAGAGCAGGGCAGAAAACAGGUUUGUCGACAUAUACACACCACUCUAUCUUUAUUAUAUGAAACAAAAUAUAUUGCAGUUUAUACUUUGCACUUCAUGAAAUCUAAAAAUGUGGUCACACCAUUUCUAAACAAACAGCUGAAAGAUUUUAAACUCAUUCAUUUGCUUUUUUUUCUAAAGCCAAUCUGAUAUCAACCCAAAACAUAAACAUAAGAGGAUGUAGGUUAGAAAUAUAGAAACAUGCCCUUCUCAAAAUCAGCAACUUUCCUGGUGUUAAACUUUGACUGGGUUGUUGUUUCAAAGUGUUUAGUUUCCACCCUCAGAGACAGUCAACUAAUUGCUAAAAGAGCUGUUGGUUUGGGCAACCACAGUUUCCUGCAUCACACCGGGCUAUAGGGUAUGCAAAUGUUGAAAAGUUGCAUGUGGUGCCUCAGAGUCUGCAGACAUUUGCGUGCACAAAGACAUGCACACGUGCUUUCACCUCACAUGCCCAUUCUCGGAUUAUUUCACAUCAACACAGAAACAGACAAAAAUUAAGAGGAAGUGUAGCUGUAGAUGGUGACCUUUCAUUGUGGCAUCAAACUUCCUGCUGUUUUAUUUUCAGACAGUGAACUUGUGAACCAGGCUUGCAGCACAUGUUCACCGUCUGGUUUUUUGGAGGUGGUAAUUGGCGAACUGUAAUUCUCUGUGCACAUUUUAGAGGUUGGGACUGAAGACAGCACCACAAGCACAGAGGAUGAUGUAGAAGCAGUGGUGUGGAAUGAUGUGAUUGCUUCUCUGCUGCAACAGCUCGAGAGCGUGGCUGCAGGUAGUAUGAAAAAUGCAAAAAGGUCACCCACAAAAAAAUGCAAACAUGAACCAUACAGUGCUUUUGUAGAAAGCCUGUUUUCAAUCUUUGAAACUGACUACUCUCACAAUAUCACUUUUCAUGUCUGGUUUAUUUUCCUUUUUGGUGGAAGAAUUUUUAACCAAGUUUAAUUCAUCUAAUGUGGUCACUGUAAUUCUGGUCUUCCUCUCUCGUUAGUGCCACAUGUCUGUGAACUUUUAUUUCGUCCUGUUUUCAGUCUUCAGGCAGGAAAAAUAAAUUUUUAGCACUGGCAGAUAGUCAUGCAUGCAAUCCCACAAAAUAAAAAGCACUGUCAUUUCAACCACUGCAGAAAAGCAAACAAAAUACUGUUAUGUUUGGCAUCCAUGCUGAGCUGUCUUAGCCUGAACUGCAGUCUGGCAGCCCUGAAAUGAAAUCUAUGGUUGUAAAUAUUUUAACACUCUUCGAAUUUAAUGGAAAAUUCAUUUGAAAGAUAAAUGUUAAAUAUUUAUUGUACCAAAUGCCUUCUGGCUCAUGCAUAAAACACCUCUCAGAUUCAGUGGGAAAUUACAGUGGCAGUGCUGAGUGUGAGACUGCAGCCAACCCUCUGUAGAAAUGGCCAAACCCAGUUAUUUAUGUAAGGGGGAAAAAAAAAACAUUUAUUUUAUCUAAAAAAAAAAAAAAAACAAGGAAAGACUCCACCCUUUCCCUUCCUCUGAGUCAGGACUGGAGCUGCCUGUUGGAGAUUUUUCUCUUUUUUUGACCUCUGUAACUAAGAUCUGUGUCCUCAAAAAGGAAGGGAAUGUUCUGUCUUUUACUGCGGAACAGGGUAUUAUUCUAAUGAAGAAAACUUAACCUCAAGUUCCUCAUGCAAGCAAUAAAUGCACACCAGGCCAUAGCUGCUAAAGCUUAUUGCACAAGCACACAACCACGUACAGAAAACAUCACUCAUCUGUGUUUACAUGGAUACACACCCGCCAACCCACACAAGAGUUUCUUUUUAUUUUGGGAUGUUUGCUCUCUCUAAGCAUGCCCUGAACUUGACAUGAUAUUUUUUUUCUCUUAAUGUAACAUCUAUGCCAGGCAGCUCUGCGGCUACGGUGGAUCGUCUGUGUGAUUUGUGUGAGGGUCUGUACAGCACCUUGGCAGAUGCAGACAUGCUUGGCCGGCGAUGUAAGAGGAGGUUAGGGAUACUGCGAACACUGUUCCGCCUCAUUGACCUCAACUCUGCCCAGCUCAACCUGCACAUCGCCAAGCUCUGCCUCGCUGUAUGUCAUCUGUGUGUGUGUUACAGCACGUCUACAGCUCCGGCACUUCCUGCUAAAAAAGUUGUGUGAAAUUUCUUGCAUUUUUUCUCUCUAGCUGUGUGUCAGCGGAAACAAUCUGCUCAACAUCUGUAAGCUCAUCUUCCAGAUCGGCCGCGGUGAAAGCAAUGACAUCCUCUUCCAGAACAACUCUAUCAUAGGUGGGAAGCUCUAUUUUAAGUUCACUAGCCUGGGGUGAAAUUCCUUUGAUAUAAGUGUAAAAAAACAAACAAUUAUGUAGGCAGUCUAAAGGAACACAGUGUUAAGUACUUGCGGUGUGUUUGUUGGCAAGAUUUUCCUGGUGUUAGACAAAAAUGUUUACGUUUAGGUCUGCUGUGUUAGCUGUCCCAGGAGUAAAAUGUUCCUUACUGGCCUUGGGAGAAUUUUUAUAUGUGUGUUUUUCAGGGUCUGGUUCCAUUUGAAUCCAUUUUGAAGUUCCUUUUUUUGUUUUUAAAUUGAGUUUCAUGCUUCCACCACAGGGUACAUAACGUUUUUCCAAACAGUACAACAUCAUUACAUAUCAUAAAAUAACAUAACAUAAUUUAUCACAAUCUACAUUCUUUCAUGGUGGUGCCAGAAUAACAUGAAACCCUUAUACACUUGUACACCAACAUUUAAUCUACACAUCUGUCUUAGCCCUUCAAUUAAUGAAUUCAGAACGAUUUUCCAGUCUACCUUAACCCACAGAAACAUAACCACAAUAUAGGUCAAAUUUCAUCUUCAGUAUUAAAAUAAUGUCUUUCUCCCCCGUUGUGUUAAACAUUCAUUUUUCUUAGCAGCUGUAAUUAGUCUCAAAUAUCGACUUUUGGCUAAAGUUUUAAAUGAUAACACUUGUUGACCCAAGGAUAUGAGGCUUAAUCUGUACUGACAAUGCUCAGAUUAGAUUUAAAUGUGAAACUCAAUUAAAAUGAACUUAAAAAAUGGAGAAUUCUUCCUUGUUCAAACAUGUUCUAUUUAUUUAUAUUUUAAUUUAACUCCUUUUAAUUAUUUUAUAAAGUAAAUUCAGUCAAAUAUCAUAUUUCCCUCGUAAGUGUGCUUACCUUUUUUUUUUCUUUCUCAGAUCAAUGCUCUUCAUUGUUAAAUAUUAAGCUCUCAACAAAGUUUUGGAUGUUUCUUACGGACCCUCGUCAAGUUCCUAACCAAUUUUGUGUACCAUAUGGAUUCUAACAUUGGCUUUCCCUCUGUGUUUAGACUCACUCCUGGGCAUUUUGAGCAGUGAGGAUGUGACCACCUCUGGGGAAGCUCUGCUGUACUGUGUUGGCACUCUGAAAUUCCUGUCAGGAAACAGUGCGAUACUCAGACUCCUGCUGGACAAGAACUGUAUGAGCAUUGCUAAAGAACUCAUCCAGAGACUCUGCAGAGUAGAAGACACACACUUCACGAUUGCAGGACACAUACUCGUUCAGGUGUGUCAAAGCGUUGGGACUGAUUGGUAAAAGUUAUCUACUUUUUCGUCCAAGUUCAGAUGACUUAAAGCAUCCCCCCUUUUAAAAGAAACCUUUUUAGUUUGAGUCCAGAGUCAGAGGAAAACACAGUUUUAUAGGUCAGUACUAUUGAACAUUAUGUUACUACUUGUGUGUUUUUUGGCUGAUCUAGGUUUCCCCACUAAUAGACUAAAAUGUUUUUGUUAGUGUCUGGUAGAAAAGCUGUUUCAAGGACAUAAUGUUCUCUCCUACCCUGGACACUUUGGUCUAAAACAAACCCGACUCCGCUCCUUCAAAAAAUUGAUUGCUGUUAACCGCAUAAGUUGGCUCGAGCAAACAUCUUGAGCCGGUGUUUCGUUUGAUAACUAACACAACUCAUUAAGCUGUUAGUGGAGGGAAAGAGGCAGACCAUGACUUUUCCAGAACAUCCAGUUCUGCCGCGUGUUGGAAAUGACCAUUUCCCUCUUGUGAUAGAAUGAUUUAUGUCCGCACUGAAUAGUUUCCGGCCUCUCUGCUGAGUGGCGCGCUGUACAGGCCAGCAGCCAGCUUUAAUGAGCACAUGGCGGACAUUGUGUAGGAGUCACAAUAGCUAAACACCGACAUGUAAUACUGACCCAAUUAUAAAUGCUAAGAGAUACUCUGAACCUUGUCAAGCAAUCAAACACUUCUUUUAACACUUCUCUAACUGACCUUUAACCCCUGUAGCUAACAGCAACCCUGAGGAACCUUGCAGAUCAUCCAGAUUCUCGCCCACUUUUCGUCUCCUUCUCUGUGCUGUCCGAGCUCUGUGAGGUGCUAAGACAUCACUGCAAAGACCAGGACAUCUGCACUAACAUUUCCAGAAUAUACAGGUAUCGUGCACUUCCUGUUUACAAAUCAAACCACUCAGAACUGGAUGUUGAUGUUGACUAGCUGUUUUUCUCGUUUUUUUCUCUGUGACUCCAGAGAUCCCUUCUUUUAAAUCCCCUGCUUUCUUUGUAAAGCUUGUUUGUAGUUUGGUCUGACAAAAAAAACAAAAGCAUGAUGAGAAACUCGCCAUUUAUCAGACAGGAUGUGGUUGCCAUCUGUUUCUAAGUCUAUACUGCUACAAAAACACCCAGCAGUGACAGAGCUCUUUUCUAUUUUACCAGCAGAUGUGUUAAAUGGUUUUGAGGUUUUUAAAUGAAGAGGUCUCAGUGUGUUGACCUCAACAUUUUUCUAUCACCUCUAAGCAAGAUAACGCUACGUGUUUUAUAUUAAACUAUAUCAGGACCUUUGAUCUAUUUAAAAGCAUGUUUAUGAGUUUAAAACUCAAACAAUAAAAAGCAUGUCUGAGCCGACUGUCUGCCCUCACUCACAGUUGAAUAAACUUGCUCAAACAAAUCACAUGACUUGAUAAGCGGUAGAAACUGCAAGGUGCUUUCAGUUACAAAAACUCCUGGUAAAUAAAAACACCACAAUCCCAACAGUUUACAGAAAAGUACCUGUAAGGAAAGACAAUUCUGGCAAUGACUAAAGGUGUGACUCAUUUAACUUCCUAUUGUCAGUGUUGGCUAAACAAGUACAGUCAGAUAGCUACCUGUAAGAGGAAGGCUUACUCCUGAUGCAGGAUGGGACUUUUAUCUUUGUUUACUAUCAAAGAUACAAACACUGCGGGGCAGCAGUUGGUCUGGUGGUUUAAGUGUACACCUCAUGUUCAGAGGCUGUGGUCCUCACCCCAGUGGUAUCUGUUGGUAACUCUAUGCUGUCUUUCCUGUCCCUCUCCAGAUACCCCAUCAAUCAAAGCAAAACUGCCCCGAAAGACAACUUAGAAAACAGUACAAAACAAUCACUGAAACAACAAUAGAAGUGCCUGUCCUACAAUAUGAAUAACACUCAGCAGACAAUCUUAGGUGUUAAAAAUAGUACAAAAGCAAUGAUUCAGCAAGGACACUUGAGGUCAACAGACUUCCAGUAUCAGUUAUCAUUGCUAAAAUUAACCACCAUAAGCUACUGCCAAAUCAAGUAAGAGACAGUUUAUAUGGCAUCUUAAAAAAAUGACGCCGGUGCCUAGGAGCAAAAAACUGCAGUUCUCUGAGUGGCCCCUUGAGGCUAAAGAAACCCCAUUAUCAUGUUCAUUUUUUCCAGCAAAAUGUAACAUGUUUACAGGGUCUGAAUCAUUUUAUCUGUUUUGAAGAUCUUAGGAAUAAGAGUAAUUCAUAUAUUUGUAUGAAUUUGCAUCGUUUGGGGCUAUGCUGAGGUGACAGGCAGGUCAGCCAGGAGGCUUUAACCUCACCUCAGCUCCAUGGAUUAGUCUGUUUUUAGGUUGACAAUAAGUUACGUUAUGUCAGCAUUUCUAACAUGGUGACUCUUGUUGUUUUGCAUCAUAACAUUGCUUCAGACUUUUGUUAUGGCACUUCAGUAUGCAGAUGAGAUGAAAGAAACACUGAGUUCUAAGUGUUCUGUACUUUCACUGAAUUAUAUCAACCGUCAUCUAUGGUGAAAUGUGCCUCUUCCUCCAGAACAGAUGUUGUGCAAUAGGUGCCUCUUAUAAUAGUGACCUUUGGUAGAACCAUGGUACAAUGGAUGACUUAAAAACUAGACACAGUUCUUGGGUGUUAAAGUCAGAAGAGGUUUUGCUAUUUUUGACAGCAGGACACUAAUCUCCUUUCAAACAAAGUGAGAGAAUGAGUCCAUAUUCUCUAUUUCCGGUCCAUGGAGCUCAUACAUACAUGAGGUGUAGAAUAAAAAUUGUUGCAUGUAAGAGAAUAGCUGAACCUUUAUAUUACAAGAUAAAAGAGUCUGAGGUAUUACCGUGUGGAUAUAACUUACACUGUGUGAACAAUUUUGCCUGAGAUAAUAAAAGCAUCCAUGGGCUUAUUGCCCAUUAGCAGUGUUGAUUUAAUCUCUCCAUAUUUAGUCAGCACGGUGGAGCAGCCGCUGAGUGGAAUGAUCAGAGGUAUUUGUUGUCCUCUCUCUCCCUCAGUAAACUCUCCUCCUACUCUGAGUGCCGCCUAGCUCUGGCCCAGACCCCCAACUGCUACCAGCUAUUUUUAGAACUGCUGAGCAAACAUCACCAAAAACAGGUGAGUCCACAAGCCUACUCGUGUGUGCGUGUGUGUGUGCGUGUGUGUGCCUGAGUGUUUUAGAAGCUUUCCCAGUGUUUAUGAAGUAAGUCCACUCAGCAUGUUUAUCCUUAGAGCAAGUUUGUUUAUGAACCUCAAGUCCAGGCACAUCCACGGGACAUUGUGUCCCUCUGCGCAUGCUGCUUGUGUCUUUUUCUCUUCCCUGCUGUGUGUGUGUUUUGACAUUUAAUCAACGUAGGAGGGGGUGAUAAGUCAAGGAAGGAGAGGAGAGAUGAAGGAGAAAAAGUUAAAAAAAUAAAAAGCAAAAAGGGGGUGAGCUUAAGUAGAGGUGAGACAGAGGUGAAGGGGAGGGGCGGUAGAAGGGGGGAGAGGGAGAAAAGAGAAGGGCGGCACUUUGGCAUUAGACAUGACUGACAUGUGCUCUUAAUCUCAUAUGAAGUAAACAGGCGCCCACGCCUUCUAAUACGACACACACACACACACAAACACUGGAGGGUAGGAUAUGCAAUGACUCCCGAGACAGCCUGUCCUGUCCUCAUACCAAAGUCAGUGAAGCAACGAGUGUAAUCUCGCUCGCCUGCUCCUCACGUUGUUUACUAAGUAGAGUCAGGAUGCACGGGUGACGCACAAGGUGUCAUAUGUUGUAUGUUUUCCUAGUAAGAGUGAGAUAACUAGUCUGAAAGGGCAGGGUAUAGUUAAACUGAAACUUGACUAUCCAGCUGUGAGCUCUCAGGCAGUCUUACAGAGGUAGGCACAGUAUGUUCAGUAUAAUCUUGUUUUCAUUUCACAUCAAUCUCUUUUCUCUUAGAAAACAUUGUGAUAAAGAUGAAAUAGUCUUGUACUUAUAUUCUAUGUUUGCAUCAAAUUGUAAUAGUCAGGUAGGCCUUUUUGUUAUUUAAACCAACCCUAAUCGCAAAAAUAGAGUUCAGUGCAUCAUCACAGUUAGACAACAAAGACAGUUAUUUUAGAGUCGAUGUAUCAUUAUAAGCACUGUUUAUCAGAGACAUACUGCACAUGAGUUUAUGAAUCAGUGUUAUUCUUUUUGAUCAGGUCCUAAUAUCAGUUGCAGACUUUGCACUUAAAGCGCUCUCCCCCUGCUCUCCCACAGGACCUCGUCGUGCGCCUUCUUUUCACCCUCGGGAACCUCACAGCCAAAAGCGACGAUGCUCGCCAGCAGCUCUUUCAGUGCGAAGGCUGCAUGGACACGCUCCUGCAGCUGUACAGCGACUACCAGCGCAGAGACCUUUCACCGCAUUGGAAUGGUCCCCCUUCUCCAAGAAAGUCCUGUUCACCACAGGAGGAGGAUGACGUGCUGGUGAAGCUGAUCAGGGUGCUGGCGAACAUGUGCAUCCACCCAGGCGUUGGUCCAGCUCUGGCAGCCAGCACCAUCUGCAUUCAGCUGCUAAUGGAGACACUUGGUGAGCUCGGUGAAGUCAUAUUGCUGCCACUUUACUUGGAGACCAGAUCUAAACUGUACUUUGUAGCAUUCUUUAGAGCAACUUUUCAUUAAUCCAACACAAACAAUUUCUCAAGCAGAAACCUCAGGUAGAACCAGACACACUGUGGACAGCUAUCUGCCUUAAUGAGGGAUAGAUAAAGACUUACCACCACUUUGCUAAUAUCUUUUAUUUAUGAAGUGGAAGCACAAGAGAUAAACUAAGUGUUAGACUUGUAGUUUGAAGAUUUCCAGAUGUAUCUUUUCUUGUAAAUCUCUGUCACGUACAUAGGAAGUACAGUGUAAAAAAAAGGAGUUUAAAAAUAUCUGUUUAUCACAUUGUGUGUACAGCAAGUACCUGCAGGCACCCAACCACUUCCCUUGUGUUGGGAACAAGACAUGACGUUGGUUGAAAAACACAUCCUCAUGUGUCUGUUCAUUCCACCGCUAGCUCUCUUCUCCUCUCAGGGCUUUCUUUUUCGACACGCAGCACAUCCUCUUUUGGUCUACAUGUUUUUUUUUUCUUUUUGUUUUUUUUUUUUUUUCUGACAGAACGAAGUGCUUCAGUGCAUGAGCAGGAUGUUCUGUCACAUCUCACAGCCGACUUGGUUUGUGUGUGUAUGUGUGCGAAAUUCUCCUAUGUGGUUAGGUAGUUUCAGGACAGGUCGAGCCGAAACACAGGUGGGUGUGAAACUCUCAAUUUCUCCGACUUCUACCUCCCACACGCUUGCUGGCAGUUUGGAGAACAAAUAAAAAAAAAAAAACAGAAAAGGGGUCAAAGUAGUUAAAAGAAAGGCUAGUAACUAGAGAUAGUUGAGUUUGCAGUUGAUGCCAUAGUGUAAGAUCAGGGGUGAAUAAAACAACGCAAGUCAGAAACACAAGAUGAGUGACUGAUAAAACACAGGGCUGCAGUUACACAGCUGGAAACAAAACUAAAUCAGAGCGGAGGAUGAAAGAGCAGAUUCGACUGAUCAAUGUUUUGAUCAAGUGCCUGGCAGGCUGAGCUGCUUUACAUUAUAAGAGGAGAAGGGGGGUUGAGGGGGGCAUCAAACCACAUUUCCAGUCAAAACUAGAAACAAAAUUCGGUGUGACACAGGCGCCGGGUGACAGAAACCGCAAUAUCUGCGAUUUAUGAGCGAGCGCACGACAUCUGCUGCUAUAUCGGGAACAGACUCAGUUUCCGAGCUGCUCAGUGUGUCAUGCCUGGUUGGAUUGGGUCACAGCGACCUUUGUAUGCCAGCUCACAAUCAAAACGACCACAUCAGGCCAAAAUUAAUUACAGAUGCUGCUCCUUCUAGAAUGAUACAACUUAGUCAAACUGAUGUACAUAUAAAAAGGCUGAAAGAUGCCUGCUUUCAUUUGAAUUCCUUUUUAUCUUAACUUAUUCCUUCUUCCAUAUCUCCAUUAUAUCUAAAGUUAAAGUCUCAUGGCUUGGAAAAGUUAAAAUAAUAUCAUUACAAAGUGACUGCUGCAGGAUGGAUCAAUACUCUAUCUCUGUUAUCAACAGAAAGGAUGGUAGCUGUCACUUGGAUUCACUUGGUUGAUCAAUAUCAGAGAAAAGGUGACAGUCAUGGAUCUUCAUGAAUAUUCUGAGAGGAAAUAAAAUAUUUCUCUAAAAUUCUUCAGAUUAUUUUAACUCUAGUCCCCUCAAACAGGAUCCUUUCAAUGAGAGAAGAGCGGACAGAGAUAUUUCAGGAGCAGGGGAGCUCGCUCCUGUUGACCUGCAGUGCUGAUGCUCCCUCUGUUGGUUGAAUUUUAAAAAAGGAGGAAUUUUGAGGGAAAUUCAGAAACUUCCUCCUCUCUGUGUGAAAUAACAUUGAGUGAGAGUUACCAGUAACUGGGAGUCUUUUCUUUGUUGUUCUUCCUUGUGCGUGUACACAUGACAGAGCUGAGGUGUGUGCAGGAAAGCGAGGAGCUGCUGGUGAAUGUGGCUGCCACCAUCAACAACCUGUCCUACUACCAGAAAGAGAGCUCUGUACUCGAACACAAUCAACUCACAAUUGCCAAGUGUAAGGAAAAAUGACUUCUCACAAGGAAAAAGGACGAUCACAGUACCCUGCUGUUUUCAUGAUUUGGCUUAUUUGGUGUCAUUUCUCUCCCCUAUUCUCUCUUUCUUUGUACAUCAGUGAUGUUGAAGUUGUUGCUCAGCUCCAGUAUGGACGCGGUGCUGGAGGCUACUCGUGUUUAUGGAAAUUUGUCACAGUCCAAGGAUGUGCGUGACUUUAUUAUGCAAAACCAAGGUAGAGUAUACAACAGACACAAAACACUAAAACAUGAUUCUACACCUGUUUCAUAUUUCUGUUAUAGUCUACAGUGUUCGUCGACUAUACUAACUGCUGUUAUGCUGGAAGCUUAGACUGUAUAUGCUAUGGAAAACUUGGUUCUGCCUUCUGCCAGGAUACAGAUUUGAAGCCAAAAAGCUCUCGGUAUUUCCGGGUUUUUUCUCUACUUCCUGAAACCAACAUUGCACACUCCACCACUUGCGCGGUGGCGUUGUACGCACUCCGCCACUUGUGGAGUAGAAAUGUACGCAUUUGGUGGUAGAGUCGCCAAGAGUCGCUGUGAUGACGCUCAGCUCAAACAGUGUAUCCCCCGGGUGAGCGACGCAAUCUUUGUACGCUCAUAGUCUGUAUCAAGUGUCAAUCAUAGAAAACAUGAACCCCCUAAUAACUCUAAAAAAUGGAGCUGCACAGAAAAAAGAGGACUUGAGCAUAAACCAGUCUUACAGUAACUACAUGUCAACAUCACAAGCAGGGUGGAGAAAAAUUUAUAUUCUGUGUAAAUAAUUUCUAAAGUUUGUCCACAGCUCCAUAAGAAUUGCUGGAGGAGGCGGGAUUUAUGACCUAUACUGCAGCCUGUCAACAGAGGGAUGCAGACGGUGUCCAUUCUAUAUACAGUCAAAGCUCACUGGUUGUUUCAGAUUUUAAAUAAUCAAAACACACAUGAAGGAAUGAAAAAAGAAAAAAAAAACUAGUGUCUUAUUACAUUCAACACCCACGCACCAAGACCUAGAUUGUCCAGUACAGUAGGCACUUCGACAUGCUGUGUCAUGUUUAGACUGAACUUUAUCUGCAAGGCCAGUCAGUAAAAACAUACCUGCUGAUUGUGGUGAUAGCAGCUGUGCCCUGCUUUGUCUUCACUCUGCUCACCAAUGCCGUCAUCUCUCUCUGCUCCUUCUCUCUCCUUCAGUGCACCAGUUUCUAGUGAUGCUCCUCGACUCAAAGAGCACUGAGGUGUGUUUUUCAGCCUGUGGGGUCCUCACCAACCUGGCUCUGGAUGCCCCCAACAGGGUCAGCAUCUCCCUGGAAGGGGCUGCUGCAAAGUAAGGAUAGCUGCAUCAAAGAGAUGUAGAGUUGAGAUUUUAAGUCAUCAUGGGCCACGUUUGUUCAAUAGUAUAAAUUCCUCUAAAAUCAAAUAAUCGUUCAAGAAAAAGGAAGAAGUCUGUCGGUUUUUAGGGAUCCAGCAUGAAUCAUGAAAUAAUCAAAAUCAUGCUUGUACCUGUGUUUAUUCAUUUUGUACACCACAUAUAUAACUGCAACCAGGACACAGUUGAUUGAGUUAGUCUUAGUACCUGACCUAACUGUGAAAAGGCAACAAACCCAGCAACUUAAAAAUUCAAAUAAACACAUGAUACUUUGUUGAUUUGAGGUAUUCAAAAGCAAAGAUAAGAGUCUCCUUUUUCAGUAGCUGAGUCAGCUCAAAUGGACGAGUGGGUUCACAUUGGAAGGGAAAUGACUUUUUAUUGCUAACCCAAAUAGGGAUGCACAAUAAAGAGACUUUUAAGCCAAGAAUAAUCCCCAACAAUAACUUUCUGCUCAUACUGCUAAGAAAAAUCUGUAGUUUCUACAUACCUGGGGGUGAGAAAGGCCAAGAUUCUGUGAGCAAAGAUCCAUGUUCAUUAAUAUCAUCAUACUUGAAAACACACUCACUGGGUUAAUGUCAGAAGGUCAUAUGUUUGAAGUAAACUUAUGUCCCUGACUGCUACCUGUGGCUACUGCUGCUUCAUAUUUCUUGAACACACUAUCAUUGUCAGUUUUUCUGCUGACUCAUCAGAUUUCUUAGUAUAAAACUUAGUAUAGACACUUCUCCUCUUCUCAAAAUACUUGUGUGCUGCACAUUUUGCAAGUUGCAGAUGUGUUAUCAACCAGGAAACACACACUCAAGUGAAGCUGUUUUUAACACAUACUGUGACCUACAGUUAGAAAGAUGCAGACGUGUUCAGAUGUAAAUGAAAGUAACUGUAUCAGUAUGCAAGCUGCCCAAAUCAAUUGCCCCUGGUAGGAUUAAUAAAGUUGUCUAAGUCGAAGCCUUUCUAUGGCAUGAAAUUGUUUUAGUACAGGUAGAGAAAAAUGAACACAGAGGUAUUGCACUGAUAUUUAUGUAGAUUUAGUUCCGAGUCUUAACAUAAAGCUAUAACCAGCUGAGCUAAAUGCCCAGGCUUUAUAUUCAGUAGACAGAUAAGCAGGUGGUGACAAUAUGUAUCCCAAAAUAUGUCACUGUUCCUUUUAAAAGAAAACUGUAUGAUCUCUCUCUCUCUCUCUCUCUCUCUCUCUCUCUCAAUCACUCACUCACUCACUCACUCACAAAGUCUCCUCUCUCUGAUGUUGUUCCAUUGAAGUGGAGUUAAUGCCCACAAACGUGCCGGUCAUGUGAAUCCCUCUCCCUCCAGUCAUCUGAUGUGUGAGUGUCUGUGUGGUUAUGUCUAUAUGUGUGUGUGUGUGUGUGUGUGUGUGUGUGUGUGUGUGUGUGUGUGUGUGUGUGUGUGUGGUCAGGCUUGUGGACUGUCUGAAAGACUUGGGGCCGGGUGAUUGGCAGCUGGCGGGUCAGGCCUGUCAGGCGUUGUGGAACAUGCUGGGCGGGGGGUCGGAGAAGCUGCUGAGCACAGAGGAGAGAGAGUCUCUGCUGGAGAGCCUCAUUAUGUUUUCAGGUUGGUGCACAGUGUUAUUACUAAUCCUUACAUAACAAGGAAGAGAGACAGUAUGCUCUUAUAGACAUUAGGGGCCCUCGGGGAAGGAAGGGUGAACUUCCACCUCCAUGAACACACCUCCAUACUUCACAUCUGUGAGCUUGAACCCGUCACUUAAACCUAACUCUCUCUUUUACACCGCCUUGUCUAGAUGAAGAGGAGGCUCUCAGGUGGAUUGACAAUGAAGACAUGAGGGAUUACCACAAAGCAUGCUGGGAGUUGGAGUUCCUACCUGUAAGUCAAAAACUGGUGGGGAUGCUUCAGCCUUUAGAACAGGCAGCAUGAUGGGAAUUAGAAAAACAUGUUUUAUUUACAUGUCAAAUUAAAAAAUUUACCUCAAAAGAGUUUCGAUCGAGUUGUGAAGAUUUCCACCACAUCCUUUUUGACUUCCUUUCACUGACUGUGAAUAAACAUGGACGACGAGCCUCAAUCUCUCCCAAAUGGAAAAAGUGACGCCAGAAUACCACUAUGAUUUGUACUGAAGUCAAGGCAUGUGCUGAGGAGAUCUGGACGGUUGGAUGAUGUCCCGCCUCUUAGCAACCCAAAACAGGUUGAACUUAUGGAUAAAAGGUCAACAAUCCCUCAGGUUGGUUUAGUCUGCAGCACAACAGCUGUGUGUGUUGGUUUGAAGCAGACACACCCACGGUUAUAAAAGGGUCAGUAACUCUUGUGUCAACGCUGCUGGAGAUACAUUUGUUAGCUAAGCUAUAAACUAUGCCUUCUGUUAAAUAUCCAACAACAAGCCCAAAUCUAGCCCCUCCAAAAAAGGGAUAUUCAUCUUCAUGAUAAGAACUAACUUUAAUGUCAGAAAGCAUGUUUGAGAAGAAUUUUGAAAAGACUGCGUUUUAAUUUUCUAGUUUGGCCCAUGUACUAUCUGUUAUAAUGGAGGAGGUGGGCUUUAUGGCCUAUACUUCAGCCAGUCACCAGGAAGAGUGCUCAAUAUAUUUUGCCUUCACUUCUGGGGAGCGGUUGCAUCAUCCAUUUUAUCUUCCCACAUAAAAGUCAAAAUUAUCUUAAUCUACGGCGUUAUUUGGACAUGAUCAGACUUUUCUUCCUGACCUUUACAUUGGGAUAUUUGGAUGUCUUUGUAUCAUUAUUAUUCAUUCCUAGCCUUUGGUAACUCCCUGCAUUUUCAGCUACGGUUCUUCUUAUUUAAUGUUCAAUCUAUAUCUUUAUUUUUUGGCACUUUAACUUGUUUCCUACAAAGCUCUCAGAGACCUUUGUCUCUACACGUACAGGGAUCAUUUCAUACAAGCUUUUUGCACAUUUAUAUAACUGACUCAGUCUGUUUUGUAUGCACACUUGGUUGUGAAGGUACUUUUAUGAUAAUGUACUCUUAAACAGCUCACUAACCUGGCUUUGACCUCAUGUGGGAAUCUUUUAUUGUUAGUGGAUUGUGUGUCAUUGGAACUUGGACUUUUAAAUAAAACUGAAGUGACAA